AUGGCGGAUGUGGAAUUAACUAGAGAGGAGCUUGAAAACGUUCAGGAUGUAUUUGAUCUCUUUGACUUCUGGGACGGCAGAGAUGGCUUUAUUGAUGCUGUCAAAGUCGGGGACAUGCUGAGGUGCGUGGAUCUGAACCCCACCCUAGCAAACAUCAAGUCUUGGGGCGGAACUGACAAGCCGGGUGAAAAGCAGUUAUCCUACGAAGAGUUCCUGGCUAUCUACAAGCAGACGAAGAAUGUGAAGGAAUGGGGGACAUUUAGAGAUUUCGAAGAAGCCUUUAAAUCUUUUGACCGUGAAGGUCAGGGCUACAUAAGUGCUGCAGAAAUGAGGCAUCUUUUGACGGCAAUGGCUGAAAGGCUUUCUGAUGAGGAUGUUGACGAAAUCAUCAAGCUGACCGAUCUCACAAUUGACUUGGAAGGCAACGUCAAAUACGAGGAUUUUAUCAACAAAGUUCUGGAAGGUCCUAAACUGUAA